AGGUGCUCAGCUCAUGGUGCCGCCACGGAACCAUGGUACUUCUGAGACAAUACUUUCGUUCUAAUUUUGGUCCCGGCCAAGCGAUCACGUCAAGCGACGAAUCUUGGUUUGGGAGCUGGCUCCACAAGCGAGCAAUACCUGAAUUGUCAAGCGCCAAACACGUGGACAAGGGGCCGGUUGCUCUGAAGCAUAUUGAGCGUCUUUGCUAGUAAAAAGACAAAUUCCAUACAGUGGACAAAGAUGCAAACUUGUAUACACUUCUUACCACUUGGACACUUUGGGUAGUUGGAUGUGGUGAGGAAAGCGAUUUCUUUACUCUUUCAUGUUUGUGGUGAAUAGUCUGUCUAGGCAGUUCGCAAGUCAAUUUAAACAGAUGCGCUGGAGCUGCUAAUCCGAUUUUUCCUUUCCUUGCAAGUGUUCUGAGCUUGCAGCUCCGGCUUGAGAGCGUUUUAGUGGAACCGGUGUGGCGAUCUUGCCUUGCUUUUUCCAUGCCGCUGUGCUGUCUUCCCGCUGUCAUCACCAUGGCCAUGGCCAUGGGGGCAGCCGCUUUUACCUCGCCACCAGUUUUUGCGCGGCCCCGUUUGCAAGAAGUGCUUCACACCAACACCAGUUGCCCACCUGGUUUCAAGGCGUGCGGACAUUGCGGAUGCGCCCCGGCGGAUGCAUGUGAUGCGUGCAAAGGCCCUUUGGGUGAAGUGAACGUCACCGUGCGGGCCGUGCGGAGCAAGAUGGCAGGCUGCCCGUCGGACCACGUGGAUUGCGGCAACCAGACAUGCGUGCCACAGUCAAAGUGCGCAGCAACAGGAUCUCCUCAGGCCGUGCCAAGCAGUUCAAGAAGAUCCAUUCUCCAAGAUUGCCCAGCGGUCUACACCGACUGCGGCGUGUGCCAAUGUGUGCCUGGCGAUGUCUGUCAGCGCUGUCCCAACGUGAUCGCACUUUCGAUCCCCGCAGAGAACGGGACGGACUUUGACAUGUCAAGCGAGCCAACCGCCAACAACUCAGAGCCACAAGAGAAUGGACAGCCACCUCACUAUCCUUCAGAGGAGCGGAUUUGGGCUGUCGAUGGUCUUGCAAAGUCUGUGAGUUGGGCGCGCUACCAGUCCACAUAUCCCUUUUUGGUUGCCAUCAAAUGGAUUGGCCGUGGAGGAAAACGCAGUCACAUGUGUGGAGGCACUUUGAUCCGUGAGUCUGUCGUUCUUACAGCAGCACAUUGUGUUUCCCAAAUGCGAAAUGGACGGAUUAUGUUUCUUGAUGCCAGCAUCGUCGAAGUUUGGUGGGGUCAGGGAGACAACAAUUGGAUCAGUUCGGGGGUGGACCUGCUCGUGAUUCCUUCCUCGUACAAUGGGAAUGAUGGGAAUGACGACAUUGCGAUCCUCCAUUUGACCCGACGCUUCUCGGGUGCAUCAGUGGCAAGGUUGUCCCGGCGGAAGUGGUACAAUGUGGGCUCGAAACCAUUGAUCGCUGGAUGGGGAGCAGUGGAUCGUCAUUCACAGUGGUACCAAGCAGACAAACUAAGAGAAGGUUACACUCAGAUUGCUGAUUCUGCGCUGUGCAAGGCGAUGAUUAAGGAUUUUGACCCCGCCAAAAAGAUUUGUGCAGGGAGUUACCGUUCAGGAUUGGCUGGCACUGCCAAAGGUGACAGUGGAGGGCCGAUGCUAUUGAACGGUUAUCAGAUCGGAAUCACCUCGCAUGGCUUCAGAGUCGGCAAUGAGUAUCUUGAUGUGUACACCAGGGUGUCAAACUAUGGGGGUUGGAUCAAUCAGGUGUUCGCACACUACCGGUAAGUGCAGGUUUGAUUUGCACAGAGUCGCUCCAGACUCGGUUUUGAGUUCUGCAUCAGAAUGAUGAUGAAUGAAGUGUGAGUGCUUCAAUCUAAGCUUUGAGCAUUUUCUUAAUUACCAUAGGUGGUUGCUUCCUCUCAGAUGUA